AUGAGUGGUGACGAGGCAAUGAGAGCGAUCAUGGGCUUCACGUCGUUUGGUCAGCGUCAUCGCGAUCAGAUCCGCACAAAAAAGCAGGAUGCAAGCAAGAAGAUUAAUGUGCAAGUACUUCCACAACUGAUGCCAGGAACGGAGCUUGUUGGAAAGUGUGCAGGAUGUUCAAUGGAAAGUGUCGAAGAUGGUCCUGAUGGUGUAGUAUUUCUUUUGUGCAAGGAGACUGGGUCUGAUGAAAACGAUUUACUUGAGGCUGCGCUGGAUGAGGAAGUCAAGAUGAACAUUGAAAUGGAUAAUGGAGAAGAGCUGACAGUGCCGAACUCGACGAUACUGGAAGAACUCGAACAGGAAAAAUGUAAGUUUGACAAGUUAAAGAGCUCGCAGUUUGUAAGUGCUCGCUCUGCGACAAACGUUUUCGAGACUUUGGGGAGACAUCGGUUCUUGAAUCGCUCCGCUAUGAAGCUGGUGACGUUGGAUCAUAUUUUUCAGUGGACACGGGGCUUCAGGCAACGCCAAGUAUCAUUCAGUUUUGCUGACAUUUGUGGCGGACCAGGAGGGUUCUCUGAGUAUUUGUUGUGGAGAGCCGGUAGUGUUACGAAUGGUGAAGACGAAUACGAACAAUGUGUUCGUGGCUAUGGAAUGACAUUAAGGAAAGCAGCAAACAACUGUGACUGGCGUCUACCCUCGGAGUUCCACGAUAUGUUCAAGAUCUGCUACGGUGAGGACGGUACGGGUGAUCUUUAUUCACUUGCAAAUAUCCACUGCUUCCGUGAUGUUGUGCGAGCACGACAUCCUAUCGGUGUAGAUUUGGUUGUAGCUGAUGGAGGGUUUCUAGAUGCUCGGUCGCAAUCCAACCAGGAAUCGCUAAUGACCAGGCUGAUCCUAGCAGAGGUGCUCGCCAUGUUGUCUGUGCUACGCGUUGGUGGAGAUUUCGUCUGCAAGACAUUCGAGUUGACAACGCCUGCAAUGUUGCAACUUUGUUGGUUGCUGCAUCGUUGUUUUGGGCGCUUUGCAGUCGUGAAACCUAUCACUAGUCGUCCCGCGAGUUCGGAACGGUACAUUGUUGCGCGUGGCCUACGAGCAAACCGCUUCAUACCAAGACUGGUAACAAUUCUAGAAGACCGACUCGUUCAGUGCAGCUGCAACGACGCUAGUGAGAAAAACCAGCUUUCUUUCUUGCCGAAUGGCAUCCCCAUGCGCGAAGACAUCGACUUCCACAAGUAUAUGACUGCGUCUAAUGAUGCUAUCGCGACGAGCCAAAUCCAAGCGUGCCGACGUAUCAACGAGUGUUUUGCCAACAGAAACAAGAGGAAAUCGUGCGAUGCUGAUGCAAAGAUCGAUCCCAGACAGUACUACCAAUGCUGGCAACUCGACACGAAUGCUCGCCGAGACGGUGCCCGAUAA